UCCCGCUGCUUGACUGUGAGAGUUGGUGCGGAGAAGGAGCGCGUCCGUGGAGAAACCUGAAGGAUUUUAGUCUCCGAUAUUAAAAUCACCAUCAGUGAACGUCAAGGAACAAUGAAGACGCGUAAGGAGGGUACGUUUGGAAACGUAGCAGCCACCGACCUGUCACUCAGGUUUGUUGUUGGUACAGAGCACACACCAGGACCAGUCUAGUGUUUGUGACUCAGGAGCAGAGCAGCUGAGUGGUGUCUCUCAGAUCUCAAGCCAAGCAUGGAUCUCUCUCCUUAACUUUGUGUAAGGAUCUGAGGAGAAUAUGAUACCAGAGCCCACAUCUACGUCCAGAACGUUGAGGCAGAAUAAGAACAGUCAUGACCCGACAAAGUCCUCGGGAGCCGUCCAUCAUUCUGAGGAUGAGUUGGGGAAUGAGAACAGACAGAAGAGUGGGAGACGAAGGAAGACACACAGCGGCUCGGAGAACGUCAAACGCAAGAGAGCCAAAGUCAGCGGCCGCUCCGCUGCCAGAGCGGGAGGCAGCCACGGAAAAAAGGAGCACGUGGAGGCCGUCACCCUGUUUGAGGUGGUCACUAUGGGCAAGUGUGCCAUGCAGGCGGUGAUCGAUGACUGGAUCGAGGCGUAUGUGAGGAACAGAGACGCUGCUCUUCUCGAUCUCGUCAGCUUCUUCAUCCAGUGCUCUGGCUGCAAAGGCGUGGUCACGGCAGAGAUGUGUCAGGGCAAACAAGGCAGAGAUGUGAUGAACAAGAUGGUGGAGGAGCUGGACGAGGUGGCUGGUCUGCAGUAUAAGAGAUUUCUUGCUUUUCCGUGGAUCCUCACAGUCACGUGGCCCAUGGAUACAGACAACGUGGAGUACCCUCUCAUCCAGUCGGGACCGUACGGACGCUGGUUCCACUCCGAGUUCUGCGACUUUGUGUCUGUGCUGGUGGCUCAGUGCCAACACAGCGUGGUCUUUGACAGCUACCUGAUGAACGCCCUGAUCUCGCUGCUCACCGAGCUGUCAGACUCCUACAUUAGAGCCUUCAGACACACAUGCACGCUAGCAGCGGUGAAGCUGCUGAGCAACCUUUUGAACGUGGUCCUGAGCUUGAGUGUUGGGAUAGAAAACAGCCAGAAGCUGUGUGAGGUGCAGAAGACGCGGACCACAAGGCAGAAACACUCCCCACAGCUGGAGAAGGCGCAGAGGAAGCUCAGAGAGCUGCAGGGCAAGAGGGCCGAGAUCGAGGGCAUGGUGGACGUCAUCUUCAAGGGCGUUUUUCUCCGACGAUAUCGGGACGUGCUUCCCGAGAUCCGCUCCCUGUGCGUGGAGGAGCUGGGUUUGUGGAUGAAGCUCCACAGCUCCGUGUUUCUCAACGACACCUAUCUCAAGUACAUGGGCUGGAUGAUGAACGACAAGGUGCCAGACGUGCGUCUCAAGUGUGUGACGAGCCUCCAGGGUUUGUAUGGAGAUCCGCUGCUCCUGCCCAAGUUAGACCUGUUCCACAGCCGCUUCAAGAACCGCAUCAUCUCCAUGACUCUGGAUAAGGACAGCGAGGUGGCCGUCCAGACCAUGAAACUCCUUCUCCUCAUCUCUAAAAUGUCAGACGACCUGCUUGGUCCGGACGACUACAAGCAGCUGCUGCAGUUUGUUUACUGCUCACAGCGCCCCCUAGCAGCCAACACGGGGGAGCUCCUCCUCUCACGGCUUCGCAGCACUGCAGCUCCUGCGUGUGAUGCUCAGGGUGGAGACAACAACAACGAGGAGGAGGAGGAGGAGGCGCAUAAACAACAGACAUUUACCAGGCUGAAAGCUCUGCUGCAGUUCUACCAGGAGUCUGAGCUGCAUAAGCAUGUGGUUUACCUCGUGGACAGUCUGUGGGACUGUGGUGGAGCUCUGCUGAAGGACUGGUCCACACUCACAUCUGUGCUGCUGCAGGACAGAGCAGAUCUCACUCAGGCAGAGCAAGCUGUGCUUGUUGAGAUCCUGCUGGCGUCGGUGCGUCAGGCCUCAGAGGGACCCGUUCUGGCCGGGAGAAGUGGAGCAAAGAAGGUGUUGAACGCCCGUGAAAAGAAAACCCAGAUGGACGAUUGUAAUAAACUCACUGAACAUCUCAUCGUGGUGCUUCCAAAAUUGCUGAACAAGUUUUCAGGAAACUCAGAUGUUGCUGCGUCUCUGAUGAAGAUUCCUCAGUACUUUAUACCAGAGUGUCCUGGUGCUGAAAACACACAGGUGGUGUCCUGUCUGUUGGCUGCGAUGGAGGCUGUCCUGAACCUCCACUCGGACCCUGCGGUCCUGGAGGCGGCGGCUCGCACGUACCUCAGCCUGUGUGGGGAGGAGAUGCCGUGUCGCUCCGCGGGCCGAGCCGCCAGAGACUCUCUGGUGCAGCGCUGGGUGGAGCAGCUGACGGUGCUGCUGGAGGGGGACAGUUUCUCUGCCGACGAGGAGAAAACUGCAGAGCUUGUAGUCGCACUGAAGAAACUCCGAGCUUUUCACAACUGCCACGAUCUCUCUCAGUGGAAUGUGUUUGAGCUGUUGUCUCCCCUCCUGUCGGGGGGGAGCAGCCAGGGAGGAGCUCCUCCUCAGGUGCUGCAGGAGGCGCUGCAGUGUUUGUGCUACUCCAUCCUCUGGUCUCUAAACACGAGCAGCGACACUGUAACGUCCAGAGAGAAGGCCGAGGUCCAGAGGCUCCAGUUGCGUCUGUUCUGUGAGAGGAGCCGUUGCUGCCUCUCCCACUCGGACCCCGCUGUGCAACAACAGGCUUUUCUGGGUGUCUGCGAUGUCCUGACUGCUCAUUCCUACCAGCUGCACGUGUGGGACCCUUCCUCGUUUGGGCCACUGCUCUACACCCCCAGUCCUAAACUGCAGAGGGCGCUGUCGACCUUCGUGUGCGCUCACGUCUUCAUCAGCACAGACUGUGACGGCCAGAGCAGAGCCAGCGAGAGCUCCGAGGUGGAGAGGCUGGAGGAUCUGCACAGGCGAAGGAACGUGCUCGCUGCCUUCUGCAAACUCAUACUGCACGGUGUGCUGGAGAUGAGCAUGGCAGCCGAGGUCUUCAUGUACUACACGAAGUUUUACAACGACUUUGGCGACAUCAUCAAGGAGACGAUGUGUAGGACUCGUCAGAUGGACAAGAUAGAAAGUGCUCGAACGCUGGCGCUUUCUUUGCAGCAGCUUUUCAUGCGGCUUAAAAAGGAGCAGGAGAGCGGCCGGAAGGCUCAGCCGGGGGUCCAGACCUUCACCAGCAUCAAGGAGCUGGCCCGGCGCUUCGCUCUGACCUUCGGAGACCUCGUCAAGUUUCGCGAGUGCGUCGUGAUGAUCCACAGGAACGGCAUCGAGUACGUGUUUCAAGGGUUCAGCCAGACUCCAGAGGCGCCUACGCCGCCGUACCUCUCCUUCCUGACCAUCCUCAGCGAGUUCUCAAGCAAACUGCUCAAACCAGACAAGAAGACUGUGUUUUCCUACCUGCAGAAGCACACGGCAGAGCACAUCAUCAACCUCAGGGAGAACCGCUGGCAGCCGCUGAUCUACUACCGCGCUUCCCUGUUGGCUGCAGCCGAAGGGGAGGACGCCGCGUCCUACGUCAGCUCUGACAGGAAGCCCUGCCGCUCUCCCGUCUCCAGGCAAAAGCCAGAAGGUUGCAAGUCACCGGGUCCACUGAGCCCCACCGACUCCAAAGUUAGUAAAGUUCACAGGUCCAGCUUCAGCCUGAGCCAUCAGAAGACAACAGAGUUGGAUCCAUUUUCUGUCCCUUUUGAGCCUCCUGCAAAAGGUCUAGGAGCUGAAGAGCCUCUGCUCGACACCAGCAUUGAGAUGGACGACGACACUGUGGAGGUGGAGCUGUAAUUACGAGGAGGACGAGGAGACAACUUCCUGAGCACCUUGUGUUGUCUUCUGUGGUCAGAUGUCCAGAAAACUCAUGCAUGUUGUUGCAAGAUUGUCUAACAGGGUUUUGAACAUGAUGUAUAUUAUGUCUUUAAGAAUACGUUUAGAAAAUUCUGUAUUUUUUCAUAAAUCAACAAAUCUCAUGGAAAGAAGCCAAUGACACUUCAAUUAUUUAAAAACCAGUUCUGAUAUUAUGAAUCAAUAGAAUAUGUAUGUAUAGAGCAUCAUGCAGUCUAAAAAAACAAAUGUGGAAAAAUCUGCCACUGAAAACAAUCAACAAAAAUGUUGUUAUCUCCUAUUCAGCUAAAAUCCACAGUGACUCAAAACCACGACCCCCAAAACAAGACAAGUCUCCAUGGGAAUUGUUGAAAAGCUACAGAAAACUCAUCAGAUGUCACUUUACAUCUAGGAUCACAUUUUACUGUUUUCUUUUGAGGACCAAGUGUAUCAACCUAUAAGCUUUAUUUUAGACUGUACUUAAAUGUUACCAUGUAAUUAGUCUUUUUUAAUCACUCAGGUCAAUUAUUUGACUUAUCUUGGGUACAUGUAAAUGUAAAUUUUGCUUUGCUGUCCUGUCCCACGUGCCACUAUUAUUAUAGAAAUACUUGUCAAAAAAUAACUUAUUAAACAAUAUCUAUUAA